AUGAUUAAGGAGGCCUACGGUGAUGCUGCCAUGGGUAGACCAGGUGUUUUUGAGUGGCACAAGCUGUUCCGAGAAGGUAGCGAAGGAGUGGAACAUGACGACUGCUCCAGACACCCUUGGACCAGCAAGACCAACGAAAAUGUAUUGCGAGUGAAAAAUUUACUGAACAGUGAUCGUAGGAUGAGUAUCAGAAUGAUUGCUGAUGACUUGAGCAUUCCUCAUACCCAAGUUUUUGAGAUCGUGACAGAAAACUUAGCCAUGAGGAAAGUGUGCGAGAAGUUCAUGCCGCGAAUGUUGUCAGAGGAGCAAAAGGGCAACCGGAAAGCGAACUGCCAGGAUCUUCAUCAUGUGAAUGAGGACCCAGACUUUUUGGACAAUGUAGUGACCGGUGACGAGACUUGGGUGUGA